AUGGUUAUAUUAUCUGAAUACAUUGAAGGAUCGUCUUCAUCUACUAAUGAUCAUAAAUAUGACGUGUUUUUAAGUUUUCGAGGUGCUGAUACUCGUCAUAGUUUCACAGAUCAUCUCCAUAAGGCCCUCCUGGGUGCCGAUAUUUCUACCUUUUUGGAUGAUAAAGAGAUUGAAACUGGAGGUGAUCUUAAACCGGAAUUGGAAGGUGCCAUUAAAGAAUCUAGAUCAUCUAUUGUCGUGUUGUCCAAGAACUAUGCUAAUUCGUCAUGGUGUCUUGAUGAACUCGUACUAAUCCUUGGGGAACGUAAGGCCUCAAAUCAAAUUGUUAUUCCCAUCUUCUAUCAUGUCGAUCCCACCCAUGUCCGGAAGCAACAAAGUAGCUUUGGAGAUGCAAUUGCUAAGCAUAAACAAGUGAUGAAGGCUGAGACAAAUCCAAAUAAAAGAAGUCAAUGGGCUCAAAGGCUUAACCGAUGGAGUCAAGCUCUUACUGAAGUUGCUGAUUUGAAAGGGAUGAAUGUAGAUGGCAGGCAGGAGACAGAGUUUAUUGAUGAAAUUGUUAACAACAUCCACUUUAGAUUACGCAAACACUCAAGGAUUCCUGUGCCACAACUAAUUGGGAUGGCCUAUUCCAAGAAUUUCAUCACUUCAUGGUUAAAAGAUACAUCCCCACAAAAGACAGGCAUACUCACUAUUUUGGGUAUGGGUGGGAUCGGGAAGACGUCUUUGGCCAAAUAUGUCUAUGGGUUACAUUCUCAUGAAUUCGACACAAGCAGCUUUAUUGAAGAUAUCAGUAGGAAAUGUGAUGGAAAUUUUAAUGGGUUGCUUGAUUUACAAAAACAACUCUAUGAUGACAUAUCAAAAACAAGUUCAAUACAAGUUCGUGAUGUUUCUAUAUACACUUCAAAGAUAGAGAAUGCUAUAGCCUUUAAAAAGGUGUUUCUUGUUCUUGAUGAUAUUAAUAGUCUCGACCAAUUGGAUGCAUUACUUGGAAGCAAAGGUUUUCAUCCGGGAAGCAAAAUUAUUAUAACAACAAAGGACGCAUGGUUGACAGAGAGUUGUGCAUUGUUCAAAGCGACCAUUAAGCCCUUGCAUGCAAAGCAUCUGCUUCCAGGCUUAAAUAAGCACGAAGCACAACAACUUUUCUGUUUUCAUGCAUUCAGGCCCAACCAUCCCAAGGCAUGCUAUAAAGAGGUAUUAGAAAAGCUUGUGCAGUAUUGUCAAGGACAUCCAUUGGCUCUUCAAGUUUUGGGCAAGUCUCUGUAUAACCGAGAUGUAGUUUAUUGGGAAGAACACCUGGAAGGGCUAAAGAAAGACAAUGGCUCACCUAUAAACAAUGUCUUGAGAAAAAGCUUUGACUCAUUGUCAUCGAAAAAUGAUAAAGACUUGUUUAAGUAUAUUGCUUGUUUUUUUGUUGGAAUAGAUAGAGAUUUUACUGAAACAAUAUUAAAGGCAUGUGAUAUAAAAACAAGAUCUGGGAUCAUGAAUCUCAUUGAUAAAUGCCUUCUUAGUAUCGGACAGAAUAACACAUUGAUGAUGCAUCGGUUGAUUCAGGAGAUGGGAAGAUUUGUAGUGCAUCAAGAAUCACCUGACAAGCCAUGGAAGCGAAGUCGAUUAUGGUGUAAUGAGGAGUCAUUCAAAGUGUUGAAGCAAAAAAAGAGUAUGGGAAAUCUUCUCGGCCUCACCCUUGACAUGAGAAUGCUUAAGAAAGAGAUGCUAGGUGGAUCAUUUGAGUUAAAAACAGAUGUAUUGAGUAACAUGGAUAAUUUGUUGCUCCUACAACUCAAUUAUGUGAAUGUCCAAGGGUCUUAUGAAAACUUUUCGAAAGAAUUAAGAUGGUUGUGUAUGCAUGGGUUCCCUUCAAAGUAUAUACCUUCAGACUUACCGACGGAUAAUCCGGUUGCUCUUGACAUGUCGUAUAGCAAUAUUGAAUCAUUUAUCAAUUUUUAUAGUAAUCCACAACUCGAGAACAGGGAAAAGCAGUCAAUUGGAUCUCGCGCAAAAGACAAAAAGUUUCUUGGAUCAUUGAAGAUUCUUAAUUUAAGUUUUUGUGGACAGCUUCAUAGUUUGGUUGGCUUUGUAGAAUUCCCUGCACUUGAGAGGUUAAUAGCUACAAAUUGCAAUGAAUUAGUUGAUGUUUGUGAAUCAGUUCAGAAUUGUGUUGAACUUGUCUACAUUGAUCUGAGGUACUGCAACAAGCUUGAAAAACUUACCAUGGGCAUGUUAAAGAUGGUUAAAACACUAUUGCUAGAUGGUUGCAAUCUCGGUGGAUCUCAAAUCGAGAUUAGGGAUAAAUGCAAAAUGGUCAAGGCUAACAACGUUGGCAUAAACACAAAAUUCUCUUCCUCCACCGUUGUUGAGGCUAUACCAAAUGAUUUGAAGUUCUUCAUGAUUUCUUUGCCGAGCUCUUUAGUAAGGUUGUCACUUGCAAAAAAUAAUUUGUACACGAAAUCCUUUCCGAUGGAUUUUAGUUGCUUGUCCAUGUUAGAGGCAUUAAAUUUAGAUGAAAACCGUAUCAGUUCCAUGCCUAAUUGUGUGAGAAGCCUUUCUAGGCUUCAGGCGCUCAGUAUGCAACACUGUGACAUGCUUACAUUAGUCGAGCAUCCUCCAACUUCACUAACAUUUUUGAGCAUCUUUUCUAAUAAAAGGCAUGUGCUACGUAAGGUUGUAUUUGAUCCAGAAAUGCGCCCACUCGACUUAUUAAUACCAUGGACAAGGUUAGCACCUCAGUCGUGUGAAAUUGAAGGCAUGGUCAAGAUCCAACCAAUGGCAGGUGUUAAGGAAAAGGUAUUACAUAGUUUGUGCUGGAACAAGCUCGACUUCCUUAACAAAAGGGGCGUGCAAACUUAUUCUAAUGGGAAAAACUCACAGGAACAUCAAAUCCAGAUGUAUUAUGAAUUUGGAAUAUUCAGCACAAUUUAUCGGGGGAAAGAUAUGCCGAAUUGGAUUACACAUAGAAGCAACGGGCCAUCAAUAUCAUUUACCAUUUUAUCAUCUCCUAACAAGCCUAGAGGAUUUAAUUUUUGCUAUGUCAGCACAUAUCGAUUGCCCGUGAUCAUUAUUCAUAAUAUAACAAAAAACCGAACCUGGAUAUAUGAUCAUUGCAUUGCCGAUGUUGGUGUAGGUAAAGAGUCUUACACUGUGUUAAGCCAUUGGAUGUUUAGGAUGAAUGAGAUGGAAGGUGGUGACUUGAUUAGUAUCACUCUAAGAAAGUUUAGGUCAUAUAAUGAAAUUGCAAUGGAGUGUGGGGUAAGUGUUGUUUAUGAUGAUGGAAACACAGAUGAAGAAGAUGCAUUGGGUUAUUACAAGUCAUGGAAUCACAUCAUUGGUGGAGAUCUUACUGGUUAUCAGCUAACAACUGGAGAAUACAUCCUAAGCAUAUUGCGAAUUACUACACAUGGUGUCAAACCAUUUAUGAGAUAUGGUAAAUUUGUUGGAGACCGCGACUACUAUAAAGGAGAUGAAAUCUUGUUUACAGCUUUAUCCCAAAGGAAGCCAGCCAUAGUUGGUCACAUACCCGAGGAAAUUGGAACAUCUACGUGCAACGAUCUCAUCCUUAAUGAUAAGGAUGAGGUUGAUGGAGAUGAGGACCCUGUCGUGGCUGAGGUCGUUGAGUCUGAGUCUGAGGUCAAAGUCGACGUUGAGGUCAUGGUCGAGGCUGGGUUAGAACAACACGCUAAACGUUCAUGUACGUGGAGGAAGUGGUUUAACUGUACACGAGCAUAACUUUUAUAUAAAGAAUUAGGCAGCCAUGAGCACUCCAUGGAAACGUCUCAACAGGAUUGUGAAGCCCAAAUUCAUUUCUUUAGGGCUUUGAUUUCAAAGUAUUUGGUUUUUAUCAAGAUUUUCUAUUUUUUUACUUAAUUAAAUCGUGUGAUUUUGUCAAUCAGGUGAUAUUUUAUACUAUA